AUGUCCGUUUAUCAUGAUGAAUUUAUUUCGAAGAAAGAUUUAAGGCGUGAUGUACUGAGAGACUUAGAUGGUUAUGAACCUCACACUUGCUUUCAAGACUACAUUAGAUGCUGCUGCUCCAACGAGUCACGAUUGGCUGACUCCUCGGUAAGCGACACGCUGCCUGAUUUCAGCAACGAGAUCAGUGAUGUACCAUUCGAACGAGACCGGUUUAUGGAUAUUUUGCAACCUUGCUCCACAAGCGCAGAGCUUGCCCCAUCCGAAAGGGAGCCAGCCACGAAUAUCUACAAAAAUACAAAGGAAAAAUACGGCCAAAGAAAAGUCAAUUUCCAUUGCGGAAUAGAUUGGAGAUUCGGAACUAAUACAUCAGUAGCUAACCACCACUCUAUGGAAGGUAAUUAG